AUGUGGUCUCCUCCGAGCCUCUAGCUCGACGCGUCUCUGGCUGUCUACGCGCAGCAGGCAAGUUUCCACAAGUCCUUUUCCUGCGUCCGGGUCCCGGGAGCGAGAGACGGCGGGCGACGAUGCUCCCUCGCGGCCUGGCGACGGCGUUGGUUUUCCUGGGCUCGGGCCUGCUCUCGGCUCGGGCCCAGUACGAGAAAUACAGCUUCCGAAGCUUCCCCGCGGGCGAUCUGAUGCCGCUGGACUCUACGUACGAGUACGCGCUGCAGCAGUACGGCGCGCGCAACUGGGCCGAGACCGUCAAGUACCUGGAGCACAGCCUGAGGCUCCGCCGGCUGCUGCGGGACAGCGACGCCUUCUGCGGCCGCAACUGCAGCGCCGUGAGCCGGGGAGGGGGCGGCGAGGACGACGGGCACCUCCGCGUCCUGCGCCACAUCCUCGUGAGGGCGGCGUGCCUGAAGAAGUGCAAGGCCGGCUUUCCCGUGUUUAAGCUCGCGCACCCGAGCCGGCAGCUCCUGGAGAGCUUCGAGAAACGGACGCCCUAUCGAUACAUACAGUACGCCUACUUCCAGCUGAACAAUUUGGCGAAGACCGUGUCGGCGGCUCACACCUACCUGAAGAAGAACCCUAAAGACCCCCCGGUGACCAAGAACAUGAACUACUACAAGACGCUGGUGGACGUGGACCCCUAUCUCAUCGACCAGGAGGAGCAGCCAUAUGAGAGUGUGUUUGUGAAGAGCGUGACGCUGUACAACAGCGGCGACUUCAGCGGCAGCGCUCGGCACAUGGAGCAGGCCGUCACCUCCUACUUGGACGUGUACGCCGACUGCGUGGCCGCCUGCGACGGAUCGUACGAGAUCCUCGAGUUCAAGGACUUUUAUCCAACGUUGGCCGAUUUGUACUUGGAGGCGCUGCGAUGUAAGGUGGGCUGCGAACAGCAGUUGACCCCCAGCGUGGGGGGCUUCUUUGUGGACAAGUUUGUGGCCACCAUGUACCACUACCUCCAGUUCUCAUAUUAUAAACUGAACGACGUAAAGAGCGCCGCCCCGUGCGCCGCCAGCUACGUGCUGUUCGACCCCGGCGACAAGGUGAUGCGUCAGAACGUGGACUACUAUCGCUUCUACCGGGAACAGUGGGGUCUCGCCGACGACGGUUUCCAGCCGCGGCCCGAGGCCUCCAGAUACUUCAACCAGACCACCAAGCAGAAGGAAAUGCUGCAGUUUGCACUCAACUACCUACAAACAGAGGACGAGGGCAACGUGAGUCCGGAGGCAGCGGCCGCCUCCCGGCGUUCCGAGCGCCCCGACGCCGAGUUCGAGGGGGUCGGCGACUACGAGGAGUCCUUCCUGUCCGAGUGGUGGCAGGACCCCAAGACCAAGUGGGACACCGGCGAGGUGCCGGAGUGAACUUUGAACAUGAAGACGAAAGGAGGAACUCAUCAUGUUGAUCGAGAUGAAAGAUUAACAUGUUCGCUCUUUGGCUGUCAUCAGCCUUUAUUAUUAUAUACAUAUAUUUUUUUCUAGUUAAGUCUUUGCCACACCCUCACAGGUUUUAUUGGAACAAAAGCAACAAAUUAAGUCCUUUUUUUUUUCCACCCGGAAUUGCCUCACUACGACAAAAUGAUAAUAGUUUUUGCUGUAUUGUUGAUGUUCAUUAUGUGUAAUUUAUUGUUGAUUUUGUCUGAUAAGAAAGAUCCUAUAAUACCCUGUA